AUGUAUUCCGAAGAAAGAAAAAGAAUCUUAGCAACUCCUGGCAGCGGUGCUACAACUCCUAGUGGCGGCGCUGCCACAGUUUCCAACAAUGAUGACCUCUUAGCCGAGAUCCUUCUCCGUUUGCCUCUAAAAUCACUCGUUCGAUCUAAAUCCAUAUCCAAACAUUGGCUCUCUCUCAUUUCCUCCCCUUUCUUCACUCGCCGCCUAAACCCUAACCCUAAUCUGCCUUCUGAUAUCAAGCCAACCACAAGCCUUCCCUUUUUUCAGGAAAACCCUAAUGUCUACCUUCUACAGUCAUGCAAAGGUUUGUUGUGUUGUUGUGAUUCCAAGCUUAAAAAUCUCUAUGUUGUCAAUCCUACAACCAAGCAAUUCAAAACACUAGUCCAAGACAACAUCAGCAAGGUUAAUUGUUGUUUGGGAGUCAACUUGGCUUUUGAUCCAAUGAAAUCACCUCACUACAAAGUUAUUUUGGUUCGAGACUGUCGAUUGUUGGCAAACUAUGAAUCGAUUUUUUGUCAGAUCGAGAUUUACUCCUCCAAGACCUCCACUUGGAAGCUCUCUGGCGAGCCUUUUGCAGUAAGGCGCUUAAGCAUAGUACUUUUCUCUCGAGGAGUGUUCUGGAAUGGUGCGAUCAAUUGGGUUAGUGUUAAUGGGAAUGCAUUGUAUUUCAAUGUCGAUCAAGAAGUUCUCGCUACAAUGCCGAUGCCUCCGGUUCAAGAUGCAGCCGAUGAUGAUGAUGAUUAUCAUAGGAAGAUUAGGUAUUUCGGAGAGUCAGAAAACCAUUUGAAUCUAGUUCAAUUCGAGGUCCCCCACAUUGUGGCGUUCAAAAUAUACGAGAUAGAGAAAGACUACUCUGGGUGGUUUGUGAAGUACCAUGUUGAUCUAGAUCAAGUUAGUCACGCAUUUCCGGAGAUUAGAGAGAAUGGUAAGUGUUCGUUCUCUAUAGUUCGAAUAGAGAAUAAUGAUGAUGACGACAAGUCAUUCUUGGUGCUACACAUAGAAAAUAAGGUUAUACGUUACAAUUUGGAGGAGAAAACAUAUGAGAAAAUAUUUAAAUGGAGUCGUAGGAUGUUGGGAAGUGAGUACACCAGGAAUGACCGUCCAUUCAGCGAUCUUCCAUAUGUGCUUCAAGCCAGUGUUUGGAUAUGGAUUCAAACUGGACGAGAGAUUUUAGAGAUUGGUCUCCAGUUCAUAUUUGGAUUCAAGUGGAUUGGACCCGUGGAGAGUCUCAUGGACUCAAACAGUGCUAUCUAG